CACAUGAAAUUCUUUCUCAAGCUCAUGAAGAAGCUGGUAUAUCUGAAACUGAUUUAUCUGUCUAUCUUUAUUUUAAUACAGAUACAGACAAACAACAUUACAAUCUUCCAACUGCAGAUGAA